AUGCAGCCCCCCGGUUCCAUCAAAGACCUGCAACGAUUGACUGGUCGAUUAGCUGCCCUUAGUCGCUUCCUGAGCAAAGCGGCGGAUAAAACGGUGCCCUUCUUCGAGGCCAUGAAGAAGAAGGAGGGAUUCGCUUGGACCACCGAGUGUCAGCAGUCGUUCGAAGAAUUGAAACAAUAUCUCUCAACACCCCCGGUAUUGUCUACUCCCCAGGCGGGCGAGCCCUUAUUCUUAUACUUAGCCGCCUCCUCUAAGGCGGUGAGUUCGGUGCUAGUCCGAGAAGAAGAGCGCGUUCAGCACCCGGUUUAUUACGUAAGCCGCUCCCUGAAGGCCGCCGAGUCGCGGUAUACCGCCCUGGAGAAGAUUGUAUACGCUUUGGUGAUUACCGUGCGAAAGCUAGCACCUUACUUCCAAGCCCACACCGUCAGAAUGCUGACUGACCAGCCACUGGGGAGCGUCCUGCGAAACCCCUCGUCGUCCGGCCGACUAGUGAAAUGGGCCAUGGAACUAACCCAGUGUGGGAUUGAGUACCAGCCCCGGCCCUCCAUAAUGGGUCAAGCCUUGGCCGACUUCUUGGUCGAGUGCACGGCAAGCGAAGAAGAAAAGGAACACGCCACGGAGGACAGUUUAGGCGAGUGGUGGGAAAUGCAUGCGGACGGAGCGUCGAGUCGACGACACUGCGGGGGUGGAGUUAUGUUCAUCUCCCCGGAGGGGUUCCGGCAAUACUAUGCCUUGAGCUACUUGUUUCCGACAUCUAAUAAUGAGGCCGAAUAUGAAGCCGUACUGAAUGGUCUUCGACUCGCCAAAGCCUUAGGAGUGAAGCGAUUGAGAAUCAAGACCGACUCCAGAUUAGUAGUCGGGCAGAUCUCAGGCACGUGCGAGGCUAAGAAUACGCGGAUGACUUUAUGUAAAGAGCGAGCGGUUGAAAUGUUGAAGAAAUUCGGAGCUUACGAAAUAGAAUACAUUUCCCGGGCAGACAACGUGGAAGCCGACAUAUUGUCUAAAAUUGCCUUGGAGGGAGUACCAGAUCACCUUGUGAAGAUCUGCCAAAAGGAGGAGUUAAAUCGACCAAGUAUCGAGGAAACAACAGUAGAAGUCCAGCAGGUGACUGGCGAGGAAUGGGACCGAGAGAAGAACCCCGAGAUGUUCUGGAUAGAGGAUAUCCGGCGAUUCAAGGAGACAGGCGAAUUACCGGAAGACCCGGGAGCCGCCGCUAGGGUUCGACGAAAAGCCCCCUCUUUCGAAAUCAUUGAUGGGCAACUAUACAAACGGUCGUUCGGAGGUCCUUUGUUGAAAUGCUUGCUCAGGACCGAGGCCGAGAAAAUAAUGGACGAAGCUCAUAGAGGCAUCUGCGCCGCACACCAGGGCGCCCACACGCUCCCCCGAAAGUUGGUCGUCCAGGGGUAUUAUUGGCCGACCAUGAUGCGAGACUGCAUCGAAUGGAUGUCCAAGUGCGGCGUUUGCCAAGCGUUCGCCAGAAAAGACACUCGGCCAGCUACCUUCUACACGCCGGUCACCACGGCUAUUCCAUUUUCUAAGUGGGGAAUCGACUUGUUGGGGCCGUUACCCGCAGCUCCCGGGGGCCUGAAGUUUUGUGUCGUAGCUAUCGACUACUUCACCAAGUGGGUUGAGGCUGAACCAUUGGCCACUAUUACCGAGUACCCGUGCCGACGCUUCCUAUGGAAGAAGGUGAUUUGCCGCUUCGGCUUACCCGAGCAUAUUGUCAGCGAUAAUGGGAGACAGUUCGACUGCCAGGCGUUUGCUGACUUCUGCGGCCGACACAACAUCCGCCAUACCAAGCCGCGAGCGACUGGAGAAAGCCCGUUCUCCCUUGCAUAUGGCUUCGAAGCUAAGGUCCCAAUUGAAGUGGUCGAGCCCACUCACCGGGUCCGCACUUAUUCCGACACGGAAAAUGAAGAAAGUCUUCGAAUUGAGAAAAAUUUCCUAGAAGAGAGAAGAGAAGCUGCGAGUGCUCAGAUGGUCGAAUAUCAACAAGCGGUAAAAAGAUAUCGCGAUCGAAGGAUUCGCCCACAAACCUUCCAGGUCGGCGAUCUUGUAUUACGAGACCGGCAAGCCAGCCAGCCCGCGGAAGGAGGCAAGUUCGCGGUAAAGUGGGAAGGACCCUAUCGCAUCGCCGCGGUGGUCCAGGCCGGCACUUACAAGCCUGAAACUCUGGAAGGCCAACCUGUGGACCGAAUUUGGAACGUCAUCCACUUGAAGAAGUUCUAUCAGUAG